AUGUACAAACAUGGUCAUGAGUAUAUUCCGGAUGACCUGUUUACUAUUGGAGAUAUCUUGGAAAAUUCAAAAUCGACUCUUGGCUAUCUGUACGAUUUGGGUGAUGACUGGGUGCACCACAUUGCUGUUGAAGCAAUCUUCCCGGAAGCUGACUCUGACGGUUCUUUUGUUUUUCUCGACGGUAAAGGUGCUUGCCCGGCUGAGGAUAUGGGCGGCGGAGAUUGGAAGCACACCCUCGAGGCCCUAGAAAGAGCCCCCGAAGACCGCUUUCUCAACCGUCAGAUUGGCGGCGCUCUGAACUAUCGGGGUACCGAAGGUACGAAGAGUCCUGACUGGUUCUUUGACCCGCAUAGGUUUGAUAUGGACGAAGCCGCAUUACGCGUUAAAGACUCAAUAUCCUCACGUACAUCGAUGCCAGCAGGUGCCAAGAUUAAUGUUCUCCUACCGACAACUGCAGAAGGACAUUUCAGAGGAACUGGAGAUUGUCGUGGAAACUAUCCACGAAAGUCAAGGGCUAUCUACACCGAACAUACACUCCACGGGUAUGUAGGGUAUAUUAUGGAGGUUAUCCGUGACGGACCAGAGCCAAGGAACAGCGCUAUCUGUGACGAAUGUGGGAGGCCAAAUACCCUAAAGCGUUGCAAGAUAUGUAACAGUGCGUGGUAUUGUUCAGCAAGAUGUCAAAGGAGGCGUUGGCCAAAUCAUAAGAUCCAGUGCAGGCCGCGGAACGAAGCACAUAUAUCAUCACUAUUGAAAGCGCUUACAUUGGGCUCUGAUUCUGGGACCUCUGCAUCCGUGGUCUCUACGUCCAUGGUCUCUGCGUCCCCGGCAGCUGCGGCCACUGCGGCCUCUCUAGGAUCUCUGGGAUCCAUGGCCUCUCUGGACUCUCUGGGCUCUAUGGGAUCUAUGGACCAGAUUGAUUCAUUGGCUUCGAAUUCCACAUUUGACGAAUAA